CGGGGAGGGGCUGAGGGCGGGGACAGCGGCCGUGGAGGGGCCCGGCUUGUCCCCUGUGUGGGGGCGGCCGCGGCGGGGUCUGCGGGCGGCAGGGGCUGCUGGGUGGAGGACGGGCGGGAGGAGCAGGGGCGGGCAGGCAGAGCAGCCCGGGGGGACCACACGGGCGCCCCUGCCCCGCCCAGGAGGGGGCUCAGAGGCGGCUGCGGCUCCCCACCCCGCAGAUCAUUCUCAACUCCAUGCACCGCUACCAGCCGCGUUUCCACGUGGUGUUCGUGGACCGGCGCAGGGACAGCGCGCGCUACGCCCAGGAGAACUUCAAGUCCUUCGUGUUCACGGAGACGCAGUUCACGGCCGUGACGGCCUACCAGAACCACCGGGUGGGUGGGCCGGGGCCGUUCCUCGGGUGCAGACCCAGGCCCGGGGCGGAGGGGCGGCCCCUGACGGCUGCGCCCCCGCAGAUCACCCAGCUGAAGAUCGCCAGCAACCCUUUCGCCAAGGGCUUCAGAGACAGCGACGCCGACGCCUGGCCCGUGGCCCCCCGGCCCCUGCUCAGUGUCCCGGGCCCGAGCCGCGGCAGCCUCAGGCCCAGCCUGCUGAGGGACCCUGCGCAGCGGGAGAAGGGCCCCAACAAAGACUCAGCCUCCGCCUUUGGGACCUCAGCCCGGCUCCACCCGCAGCUGCUGCCCUCCCCUGAGGCCCCGCUGGCCCCGGCCACCCACAGGCCUCUCGCCUACCAGGAACUGUACCCCGGAGCCCCAGGCCGACUCAAGAUCUCGGGAGCCCGCCCAGCGCCGUACCCCCUCCCCAGCAUCCCGGCCGACAGGGCUGGGGGAGGCCUGCCCCUCCCAGCGGGGCUGGGGCUCCUGUCCCCCACCGCCCUGUGCCUGGGGCCCGGCCAGGGCGCCCAGUGAUGCGCACCCCCUGGAAGUCCUCCCGCCCACCUCCCCGCGGGCUGCUCCUCUCCCAAGGACAGCGGGCAGGGAGAGCCCAGCGACCGAGCCGAAGCCGUGCGGGCUCCCGCCUCGGGGCGACUCCCCUUCCCAGCUUCUGCCCCCAGCAUUAAACCAUUUGGCACGGUG